ACAAUGCUUGACCUUGAAAGUGCGCGCCUUGGGCUCGGACUGAGAUUUGAUAACUAUUUCUAACAGAACACCCCUUUCAAAAUAUUCACAAUUGCACGACGGGGGGACGAAGAAGUGGUGUGGUGGAGGCAAAUGGCGCCGGUGUACAAGAUUGCUGUUAUACAGCUGUACCCGAAGCCCCUCGCUAUAGAAGCAAACCAUGCCAAAGCCGUAUCCUUCAUCCGUGACGCCGCGGCCAAGGGCUGCCACCUUGCCGUCCUCCCAGAAUACCACCUGACCAACUGGCUCCCCGACGACCCAGGCUUUGCACCGCUCUGCGCCCAGUAUCAGAAAUACCUCGAUGCGUACUGCGCGCUGGCCAAAGAACUGCAUAUCAACAUCGUGCCCGGCACGAUUGUCGAGAAGCACGACGACGUGCUCACCAACGUCGCCUCGUUCAUUUCCCACGACGGCACCAUCCUGAGCCAGUACCAGAAGAAGAACCUAUGGCACCCGGAGCGCCCGCACCUGACCAGCUCGCUGCACGACCCGCACGAGGCCUUCGACACGCCGCUCGGCAAGGUCGGCAUGCUGAUCUGCUGGGACCUGGCCUUCCCGGAGGCCUUCCGGGAGCUGAUCGCAGCCGGCGCCAAGAUGAUCAUCAUUCCGACGUUCUGGAAUCUGUCGGACUGUAAUGAGGCCGGGCUGAGACAUAACCCGCGCGCUGAAGCGCUGUUCCUGGAGAGCACGCUGGUGGCUAGGUGUUUUGAGAAUACCUGCAUGGUGGUGUUUGCCAAUGCGGGCGGGCCCGUCGGGAAGAGUACGAAGGGUACUUAUGCGGGGUUGAGCCAGGUAGCGGUCCCCUUCAAGGGGGCGCUAGGGAAGAUGGGCGCCGAGGAAGGGAUGAGCGUUGUGGAUGUUGAUAUGCAGAUUCUAGAAGACGCGGAAGAUAAUUAUAAGGUUAGGGCUGAUAUAGGAAAGGAGGGAUGGCAUUAUGAGUAUUCUUUGACGAGAUCCACACCGGGGAACGGUAAGGAGAAGUUAUGA